AUGACGUCCGUCAGCGGACCCUCAAUGGCUGAGGAGACCAAUUCAACUCUGAGCAACGACGAUGGCUCCAGCGACGAUGAGUCCAGAAUGAAUAGUGCGAUUCCGUCCAAGAAGCGGAGGAGGGAGAAACAUCAAAAGAUAUCGUGUGAAAUGUGCAAGACUCGCAAGGUAAAAUGCGAUCGCGCUGAGCCUGCGUGUUCGUGGUGUGCUCGUCACAACCGCUCGUGUGUAUAUCUGGAGCGUCAAAAACCAGGAGCCGGACGUAAUGGCUUCAGCAUCGAGCUUGAGGCCAAGGUGAACAGGAUUGAUGCUCUGUUGCAAGCGUUGGGCCGCCGGGUGGAAGAGCAUAUCGUGCAAGACCACUCUGCUGUUGAAACACGAGAUAUCUCGCCUCCAACUGUCAAUGGGUACAGUUCUACGCAAGUCGAAAGCAGACCUACACCGGCAGCAACUCUUCCAAGACAAUCAUCUUUCUCACAAGUCAGAUCGCCGGGUAUCUCAAGUCCCUGGAACGCCGCCAAUUACCAGAACCAGAACAAUGCUCAAUCUUCUGUGCAAACUCCACAGCAGAGCAUCAGUACGGCAACACCUACCCAGUCGAGCAAUGCUCCAAAUCCAAAUAACGCCAGAAGAGAUCCGUCAUUCCAGUCAUACACGAUUGAUUUGCCUCCACACGACAUCAUCUACAGUCUUGUAGACCUCUACUUCAAACAUUGCAACACAUGGUGUCCUAUCCUUGAGAGGAAGACCAUAUUUGCUACCUUCUUUGGCUCAACCUCAAUGGAAGAAGCUGACCGGAUACUGCUUUACGCUAUUGUGGCCACCACGCUGCGUUUCCUCAAGGAUCCAAGAUUAUCCCCAGAGAUUAGCACAUAUUAUCACAGAGUGGCCAAACACACGGUUCAACUAUACGCUAUGGAACAUACCACCGUUCCUGCAUUGAAAGCUCUACUCAUAAUAACACUGGAUGAACUAGGGACUUCUAACGGCCCGCGCGGUUGGAAUCUUCUGUCUCUGUUGGCGCAGAACGUCAAACAACUUGGUCUGUGUGAGGAAAGCAGUGUCUUCUUAUCUGCAGAAGAAUCCGAGAUGACACAUACAGCCUCGUCUCAUCGAGUAGCUGCUGCAAAACCCGAGUCUUGGAUCGAAGAUGAAGGACGGCGGCGGCUGUACUGGAUGAUUUAUUCUCUCGACCGAUACGCAACCAUCGCCACCCCAACUUUUGACUUUAUACUCAACGACACAAAGAUAAAUCGCUUCUUACCCUGUUCAUACGACUUAUUCUCAAAGAACGUACCCGUGGAGACACGCUCAUUGAGUUCCUACAAUAACCAGCAAUGGCCAAUAAUGACAUAUCUGGUCAACAAGCCCGAGAAUCUCGGCAGUUUCGCUUAUCACUGCGAGAUUCUUGUCAUACUCAGCAGGAUACAUGAGUUUCUCAAAACGCCGGUUGAUGUCACUUCAUCCAGUGACAUGGCUGAAUGGCGGAACACAUAUCGAAAUCUCGAUAGAACACUCGAUGGUUGGUUGCAGAGCCUGCCUAGCGAAUACAGCAAGAUAUCUGCUCUCUGUCACUCUGACCCAGCGAGUCGCGUGGCAAACUGGUUCAUGCUGCACAGCGCCUACGUCACGGCGGCAGUGAAGCUACACUCUUCAGCAGCGUAUCCGACAGUGCGAUCUCACAUCUUUGUUCCCUCUCACUACGCCAUGCAGCGGUGUUUGUCUGCGGCUCAAAGUCUGGGCGACAUCACUCGCGAUGUCCUCGAGGCAGACGGCCUAAACCUUCUUGGCCCUUCGUUUGCCUUCUCGCUUUGGGUUGCUGCAAGAUUACUGCUGGUUCACGCCGCCACGGUUGGAUGUCCGGUGGAUUCACAGAUUGACUUCUUCAUUGACACUCUUCGGGACGUCGGGCAGCACUGGGAGGUGGCGAAUAACUACUCCAAGAUUCUACAUCGUGUUGUGCAGAGAGCUCGACAAGGCGAUAUGAGCUUCUCGGCUAUGAGAAGGAGUGCAUACGAUCUGGUGACGCUCACAGCUUCCGUGCGGCACUCGAGUCUAGAACCGACAUCAACGCAGACUACUUCUUUGAGCGAACUAGACAACAUAGACGUCUUUGAGUUCUUUAAUUAUCCUCGAGUCUCUGGAAACUCGGCCGGUCAAUCGCAGCUACAGUUACAACCUAUGCGUCCUCAAGCUCUAGGAGGGGAGUCGGCGAGGAGUAACGGCGUGCCUGAUCCGGAGGCUGACUGGUUGGCUUUUGGGUCGCCUUUCAACUAG